AAACAGGCUGGUUGUAUGCGCCAUUGCGCCGUUCCAUCAAGAUAUGAAGAGGAGUUCAACUUCAAACCAGCUUCCAAUCAGUUCUCCCUUGCUUUCGUGGCUGCUAAACAAAUCCGCUGCGCUGAAUGUCGUCCAGCAAUCUAAUACACACCAACAUCUCUGAAGAGCAGGUCAUUGUUGCCUUCCACUCUUUUCUGCAGGGUGCUUUGGCUCAAGCUCAUGCCGAACGACUGCUAGAUACCGCCGUUCUCAGCUCUGCUGAGGCCGAUAUUCAGAUCGCAGGGCCUGCAAUCUGUCUCUUCCUGGCCGCCCUUCGCAGUGAAGGGAAUCCUCCUAGCAUCGCCACCUCUAUGAUAUCACUGGAUGCAACCAACUGCCCAGCAUCGUUUCGGAACUGGUUUGUACUCUGGUCUGAAUCUGUUCCCAAGAUCAAGGCCCUCUCUCUCGAAUUAAGACACGAUCUAGCCAGAAUAAUUUGUGACCAAGAGCCUCAAUGCCAACCGAUCCGGAUCGACCUUCCGGUCAUUGCCCAAAAUCUAAGAGCUAUAGCUAUCGAAAUUUCACAGCGGCGUACAUUUCAAGAGCGAUUCUCUCAAGAUCUUGAUUAUGCACUUCAGUUCGGCUAUGAUUUCAGAGCCCCAGCUCCAGCUCCAACACUGCCUUCCUCCACCUUUCGACCGCCUCCAGCAUACAACGACAAUGGUUCUAACCCAUCAACACCAUCCUCUCUCGCCCCGACUUAUGCUCCCAAAACAAACACAUCACCUCUUUCUGGCCUUGACCCCGCCCUGGAAGACCACCCUGCACUGCGUAUUAUUCGUGAAACGCUUUAUGCAUCACUUACCGACAUUCUUUACACCACUCCAACAAUCUUCGAAAUCUUGCAAUCUAGAAGUUCAACCGAUGGUCAACUAUCUCGUGCAUAUUUCGGUGCAUUAUGUCUUGCCAUUCUAGAAGUUUCUCUGACGCUCGUUAGUCCUGCAGACCGCCAUGUGCGAGUUGUCCACCUGGGAAGCGGUUAUCCAUCGAUCUUAAAAGUCGAAGAUUGUCCACCCCAUCUUCAACCAAUGGCUGCUCAACUAUUCUUAAUCGCUUCCUCUACCCAAACAUUAGCCCGAGAAGAUCUUGAAGCCGCGGUCGAAAAUGCAAGUCAUGGUGGCGAAACUGCUCAACCCAAAAUUGACAGACUCAAAACUGAUUUGGAACAUGGUACCAACUGGGAAGCCGGAGUUAGCGCAUGCGACAUCGAGGAUAAUCGACCUGCCAGUCCCGCGGGCACCGUCAGAGUCGCAGCAAAUCGAAUCAAUGCACUAGCUCUAGGGAUAAGCCAAAUACCAUCUUUCAGGGAACGCGAAGAGGCUCUAUUUGAAAUCUUGGUGCCCAGUUUGAGUGAACGGAAGAAAAAUUGAAACUGGAUUCAUUCAUGAAAUAUCCAAGCCUUUACAUUCAUCUACCUGAUCUUUUGCAAUUUUUCCCCCUUCUUUCUUGGUAUGAAGAUUGCAUCACGUCGGAAGUGACGGCCAAGACCAAAAUAGCAACUAAUACAAACAUUUUAGGGCCUCACUCCAUAUGAAAUAGGGUUAUCUCUCCACAUCUUUAUGUUGUAUUCUUGAUAAAAAAAAUUCUGUGCUAUAGACAACUGAUUGCAUUGAGGAAUGUCGUAAAACUGAAGGAGAGCAUUGAAUUGUGUUAGAAAAUUGCUGUUUUUAUGAACCACUAUCUAUCAUGGCACUGGCAGAA